AUGGUGGUAGUAGAUGUGCAGAACAGCAUUAUGACAGAUAGGGAGGGAAAUGUUUUGGAAGAUCUAGAUGACACCUUCAUGAUCGAUCUUGGUUUCCCAACCAGCAUGUGGCCGAUUUGCGAGAAUUCAGAAGAUCAAUCGUUCGAUUUCGAAGGGUGCAUGAAGCAAUCGCUCAAGUCGCUGCAGCUUUCCUCAACUAUUUUGGACCCGGUUCAAGAUAUCAAGGAAUUUGAGAGGAAGAUAGCCAUGAUAUAUGAUAACCCAGAUGAAAACCCGGACCUUGCAAGCAUCAGCCAGGAAAUUGAACUUGGAAAACGAAGGCGUUCACUGUCUGAACCUCUGCCAGAGGAAAAUAACGUUGCGAGCAAGUGCCAUAAAUCUGAAUUCCACAACCUCGAACCAGCGAAUACUCCCUCAGAAGCAAAGUUCUCAAGCAGCUCCAGUUCUCCGAAUAGCUACAUUGUGCAUGCACGGCGAGGGUUCUCGACUCAAACUAUCGAGAUAACCCUGCAAAUGCUCGAAGAGAGAUUUCAUCUCAGCCUUGAAGCUGCGGCGAGCGAGAUGGGUAUUGGGAAGUCGACCAUGAAAACGAUUUGCCGUACUUUCGGUAUUCCGAAGUGGCCGUACACACACAAGGGCAAGAAGAGGAGGCUCGGGUCGCACCUUGAACAGAAGGUAGAAACUGCGUAUGAUGGCACCCUUCUUCCUGGCGACAUCACCUAUCAAUACGACUUAGUCCCCAGCCAGUAGGCCGGGAGGAAGAUGAGCCUCUUC